AUGACUAUAGUAGCCAAUAACUACCUCAAUGAAAAUCGUCCCUAUACCAAAGUAGUUGAACUCCUGGUCUUAGGUUUCACAGGAAAACUUCUGUCAUGGUGGAACCAUUACCUAACAGAAAAAUCAAAAGAAGAGAUCAAAAGUGUAGUCCAGAAAGAGGAGGAUGGACGCCCAAUCUAUGAUGAAGCCAUAGGUAGAGGUGUCCCAGAUGGAGUAAAUACCCUAAUCUAUACCAUUACAUGGCAUUUCAUAGGGACCCCUAGCAACAUUACAACCAUGAUACAUGACCAGUUAAGUAACCUUAGGUGUCCUACCCUUGGUGAUUACAAGUGGUAUGGGGGUGUCUUUACCACACAAGUCAUGCACAGAAGUGAUUGUAACUCUCCCUUUUGGAAGGAGAAGUUCAUCAACGUUUUACCCAGUCUUUUUGCACAUAAGAUUAGAGAAGCUCUUAGCAACACCUCAGGUGUCAUAGAUUAUGAUGACCUGACUUACAGAGAUAUAUCUAGUAUCAUCCACAGGGAAGGCAUGAAGAUGUGCAUAGAUAUGAAAAUUCAAAACCAUUCCAAUAAGGACAAAAGAAAAGCUAAGUACGAAGUAGGAAACUUCUGUACUCAGUAUGGCCUACCCUUUAUAGCCCCAUCCAAGAGAAAAUCCAAGGAAAAAGAAUACCCUAAGAAAAGAACAAUCUCUAAGUACUAUAGAAGUCAUAAGAAGCCCAGCAACUUCGGUAGAAAUGAUUUCUAUAAGAAAAGCAAGAAGUCCAGAGAUUACCAUAAAGCCAAUAGUAAAAGAAAAAAUCCAAUACAAAAAACAUUCGAUAAGAAGAAUAGCAAAUGUUAUAAGUGUGGCAAGAAAUGUCAUUUUAGGAAUGAGUGUAAAUCCAAAGCUAAAGCUUUAAUUAACACCCUCCAAGGUGACCAAAGCAGCAAAGAGGAGAUUUUCAGGCUCCUAGAACUCAAUCACUCAGACAGUGAGUUCUCCAAUAGUUCUAGUGAUCAUGAGAUUUUCCAGAUUAACCAGUCAUCAUCUUCUAGAGAAUCAUCCAACAUCUCUAGUAGUCCAGACAUCAGGAUAGGAUGUAAAGACAAUUGUUGCAAAAACAAGUUUGUCAACAUUCUUAGCCAACAAGAAGAGCUCUUGCUCACUUUAAUAGAAAAGGUAGAAGACCCAGUUGUUAAGGCCCAAUAUCUUAGCUAG